AAAGUAUUUCAAGUAGCAAAGUAUUAUAUUUCUCCCUUGCAUUAUUUUCUUAAUAGGUCGUAACCUAAUUCUAUAACUUGUCUUAGGAAGUUAUAUUUGCUGGAGAUUGAUGCUCUUUGACUAGCGACUUAAAUACCUCUCAUGUUUCAUUCUUUAUCUUUCUACAAGGCCACUAACAAGGUUGCUCUUGCAUUGCUUCUCAUGGCGGUGGUGGUAAUUUUGGUGCCCUUGAGAUACUUAGUUCUGUUGGUAUUCCUAGAGGGGUUCACCAGGGAACUGCCAUAUAGGAGAGAAAGCAGUGACAGAUUUUUCAGACGGCUGGGAGAAUGGUGGGUAAGGAUUACGGCAGCACCUGUUCAGCUUAUUAAACCAGAUGACAAGAAAAGGAAAUGAUGAUUUUGAGAACAACACUCUAUUCAUAUUCUCGCUAGCAAGAUGCAUCUCAGCUCUACUUGAUUUGCUUACUAGGGUUUGUUCUUACAUGCACACGCCUCUGCACCGUCUACAUACAUACAUAUAUAUAUAUACCGUCUACAUACAUACAUAUAUAUAUAUAUAUAUAUGAGGUUAAUGAGUAUUGACAUGUGUAGUAAAAAAUUAAGUAAAAA